AUGUUCAAUUUUUUAUGGCUUUCGUUACUGGUGUUAGUUGCAGUCUCCGCAGCCGCUGCCUCCACCGCAAAGCCGGGCUGCCAAUCUAAGUGUGGAGACUUAACUGUGCCCUACCCGUUUGGCAUAGGAAUAGGAACAAACUGUUCAAUAAGCUCAUGGUAUGACAUAAACUGCAACACGACUUUCAAUCCUCCAAAGCCCUUCCUCGCCACCACAAAUCACGAAAUUAUUGACAUAUCCGACAAAGAAAUACGUAUUAAGAAUUCGGUAGCUGCCCGAUGCUAUACAGAGACUGGUAAAUUAACCCGGCAAAACCCCAUAUCCAUAAGCUUGACUGUUACACCUUAUAGCUUCUCCGAAAAAAAUAAGUUCACAGUGGUGGGCUGCGACGAUUUGGCAGUGAUCAUCGGCUCCAGCGGCCGGAAUUUCACCAGUGGCUGCCUUUCUGUUUGCUCUGAUACUGAAGAUAUGAAUGAUGGAUUUUGUACAGGGAUUGGUUGUUGCCAAACUCCUAUACCUAAAGGCCUAAAGACUUUUGCAUCUGCACUUGGCAGUCUUAAUAAUCACACAAGGGUUUGGCCCUUUGAUCCUUGUGGUUAUGCUUUUGUUGGAGAUCAGGAUGUAUUUCAGUUUCGAACCUCGGAUUUUACUGAUCAAAGCUUUCAGAAUAGAACAAUUGAAAAUGUUCCAAUAGUUAUUGAUUGGGCUAUUGGGAAUCUGAGUUGCAGUGAGGCUAAGAAGUCUAAUGAGUUUGCUUGUCUUCAGAAAAGUGUUUGUGUUGAUUCAGACACGGGUCUUGGUGGAAUCCGCUGUAAUUGCUCGACAGGAUAUGAGGGCAAUCCGUAUCUAAGUCCAGGCUGCACAGCUUCAGCUGUUCCUGCAAACAUGGAUACACCGGCGAUGGAACAAAAGAAGGACGUGGUUGCAUUGCCAAGAAUUCCCAGUUCCCAGUAA